AAAAUGUUCGCGUGUCAUUUAUUUCCAACUGUCACCUUCAUAGUCACUAUUGUAACGGCUCAAUACACACAAACUUUGCACGACUUCGAAAAUUUUGGUUCGUUAAUGGAUGAGUCAGUAGCAGCCGGUGAUCCGCAAAUUCCUUUGGAGUCCCCACAUUACGACACCUACGGUCAACACUUUUCCGAGUAUGACCAUGAGCUCGUAACAGGAUCAUCAGAGGAGGCCCGUUAUUUCAAGCAGCUGGCGCCUGAAGAGGCAAAAGAACGUUUGGGUAGACUGUUUGACAAAAUGGACAAGAAUCAGGACGAAAAACUGGAUAAAGAAGAACUUACUGACUGGAUUGUGCGAUCGUUCGAACGACUGGACCUUGAGAGCUCAAAAGAGAAACUAAAAGAUCAUGAUGCAAAUCAAGAUGGUGUGGUUACCUGGUCGGAAUACACGAGCCGAGUGUAUGGAUAUACAAAAGAAGAGCUCGAUCAGUUAAUGACGGAUGCAAGUAAUGAAACAAAAGAGUUUAUCCGAUCAAUGGAGGAGGAAAAAGUAAAGUUUGAUUCCGCUGAUACGGAUCAGAACGGAAGCCUGAAUGUGACGGAGUAUGCCGCUUUUGAACAUCCGCAUAACUAUCGCCAUAUGUCUCCGUAUGAGAUUAUACACACACUUAGGGACUUCGACAAGAACGGCGAUGGCUUAAUUAGUCAGGAGGAAUAUUUGGCAGAUGAGAAAAUGCACGCAGAUGCUUUCGUUCUUGAGAAAGAAAACUUCAAACGAUACGACAAAAAUGGGGAUGGCUUUUUGGAUCAUGAAGAGAUGAAGGACUGGGUUACGCCAGGUUUCUAUCGCACUGCAACUGACGAAACCGAGCACUUGUUUAUGGAGACGGAUAAGGAUAAGAAUGAACUACUCACGAAGGAAGAAGUACUGUCAAUACACGAACUGUGGGUCGGUAGCCAGGCGACAGAUUUCGGAAGACACUUGGAGAACGACAUGAAAGAUGAGUUGUAAUCCAAGCUAUACUAAUCCACAAUACGCAUAACCAACGGAAUCUG